AUUAAUUUACCUUAAAUAGCAAACACGGGCGUACAUCCACUACCAUUAUUUCUCAACCUCUUCGUGUGGUUAGAACACAACAUAUAUGUUUUCGGCUUUAUGUCAACUAUAUUUCAAAGUUUGACGGAUUCUACAGCCGUUAAAAAUGCUGUUCAAGGAAAAUUAUCUUCACCUUCUUCCAAUAAUUUGAUUGUUGGUAAAGUCGACUCCCUUUAUGUUUUUGAGAUUGAGAAAGUUCAAAAGGAUGAAUCUGAAGCUUCUACACAAAAUGACUAUACAAAUAACUUAAUUGACGAUAGUCAAGCGUUUAUGGAGACGAAUAUGCAUUUGAUUCGUACUCAUGAACAUACUAGUUACGUUUUACGUCUCGUAAGUCAAUUUCAAGUUUUUGGAACAGUUACCGCUCUUUCCAUUCUAGAGGGAAAAGGAAAUAAGGGAUGCGAUCUGUUAGUUAUGUUGACAGAUUACGCCAAAAUAUCUAUUUUGGAGUGGGACAUGAAAACUCAAAGCCUGGUUACUACUAGUCUUCAUUAUUACGAGGUAGUUAAACCAACAAUGCCAUGCACAAAUCAUAGCCCAACACAAUUGAUUGUUGAUCCAGAUUCUAAUUGUUGUUUGCUGAGGUUCCACACAGACAUGAUGGCGAUUAUUCCUUUCCCCAAACUUGACGACCUUGAAAUGGAGGAAGCAACCAUAGACGGUCCUAAAAGCAUUUUGAACUCUAUAACUCCUUAUAAACCUUCUUUUGUUUUAGAUUCCUCUCAGUUAGAGUCCACAAUUGCACGAAUACUAGAUGUUAAAUUUCUACAUGGGUACCGAGAACCAACUCUGGCUAUCUUAUACAGCCCUCAGCAAACAACCACAGUUACCCUUCCGAUUGUGAAAGACAAUGUUUGUUUCUCUCUCGUUACUUUAGAUUUGGAUCAGGGUGCUAGUGCCGUGAUCACCACAAUACAAAACCUUCCGUAUGAUAUUUUCCAGUUAGUCCCAAUACCAAUGCCUCUAGGUGGUUCUUUAUUGAUUGGUGGUAAUGAACUUAUAUAUGUGGACUCAGCAGGACGUACUGUUGGUGUAGGCGUUAAUACGUUUUAUCCUAAGUGUACGAACUUUCCUCUUCAAGAUCAAUCGAACUUUAAUAUGGAACUAGAGGGAACUAUGGCGGUACCUCUAGUUAAUUCAAAAGUGGAAAAUCCGUUUGUACUAUUAAUCCUUACUUCCGGUCAAUUUUUUUACGUUGAUUUUAUUUUGGAUGGAAAGACAGUAAAAGGUCUCUCUCUACAAAACCUAAACUUGGAUUUAAACGAUGACUUCUUGAGAGCUGGUGUGACUACAGCUUUACCAAUUGGAGAAAACAUGAUAUUUUUAGGAAGCCAGGUGACGGAUAGCUAUUUAGUUCAUUGGAAUCGUCACUCAAACUUAUCAAAAAGCACAGAAGAUAAUGAAAAUGAGGACUUUUACUCUACUAAUGAUGCUGAAAUGGAAGAAAUGCUCGACAUAUAUGAUACCAACGAUCGUAACGAUACUGAAGGUAAAGUGCUUUUUGAAAACGGACCUCUUCGAAUUAGUAUUUUUGACGUCUUGCUCAAUAUUGGACCUAUAACAGACUUUGCUAUUGGUAAAGCUGGCUCUUUAGCGUACUAUCCACAAGAUAACCAUGGACCUCUUGAGCUGGUUGGAACUAGUGGAGCUGGUGGAGCUGGCGGGCUUGUCGUUUUUCGUAGAAGUAUUUUUCCUCUUGUCGCUGGUGAGUUUGUUUUCCAAGGCUGUGAAGCUUUAUGGUCUGUGAGCCUUACAGGGAGACAAAGGCGUUCGCGUCGAAGAGUACAAACGUCUUACAUGAAUAUGGAACCAGACGCCUAUUUAGUCUUAUCUGUAAACGAUGAAUCUUUUAUGUUUUCUGCAGGUGAAACUUUUGACGAAGUAGAGAAUUCGGAUUUCAACAAACAUUCGAAAACGAUCAAUGUAGGCUCACUAAUGUCUGGAAUGAGAAUGGUACAGAUAUGUCCCACAAGCAUACACGUUUAUGACUCUACCUUGAAAAGGACCCAACUUUUCAAUUUUGGAAAAAACCAGGUUGUGGUGUCAACCAGUAUUUGUGAUCCUUGCAUAGUUAUUGUAUUUUUAGGUGGUGAUAUCUCCUUGUAUCGGAUGGAUUUGAGAUCACAGUUGCUUACGAGGACCGAUUUACAUAGCCAACUUUCGAGCGUUAAAACCGCUUCGUUGAUUGCGCCUGGAAAUUCAACGAUAUUUUCUAGACUUUUUCGGACUUUGAAUGAUUCUGAGCGAAAUCAAGCGGGUUUUAACGAAACCUCAGGAAUAUAUGGUGCUUUGAAUGAUGAUGGUCAAAAUGAAAAUACCCAAACCAAGAGCGUUUCUGAAGCAGAUGCCAACGUAGUCACUGAAAAGAAUGUCAGUAAUCUUGAUCAGCAAUUACUAGAAAAGCAUCCAAUUUUAUUUGCUUUGACCGCAGAAGGUGUACUAAAAGUGUUUAACCUUAUCGAUUUCUCUAUUUUGAUGGAGUGUGAUGUCUUUGAUCUCCCCCCAACUUUAUGCAAUGGGCUAAAGUCAGAAACUACUUACUUCAAUUCCGAAUCUAGUCAAGAAUUAGUUGAAUUAUUGGUAGCUGAUUUGGGCGAUGAUUUUAAGGAACCCCAUUUAUUCCUGCGUUCGAGAAUGAAUGAGAUAACGGUAUAUAAAGCAUUCGUUUUUUAUGACGAGACCCUACAGAGAAAUCUACUUUCUUUUGCAAAAGUGCCCCAAGAAGGAAUGACUCGAGAAUACCAAGUGGGAGGGGCACUACCUCGUGAUGCUGGGUCUACUUCGUAUGAAAAGUCAACUAGUUCAAUAGAUCAUUCAAAAAUGGUGGCCAUUGAGAGGGUGGGAAGUCGCUCAGCUGUGUUUGUUACUGGUAGUAAGCCCUUUUAUAUACUCAGUACUAAGCAUUCAAAUGCUAAAUUUUAUCCUGUUACUUCCGAAAGUUCUAUUCUUUCAAUUGCGCCUUUUAAUUCUGAGCAUACUCCACAUGGGUACAUAUAUGUGGAUGAAAAUUCUUUUAUUCGCAUCUGUAAAUUUCAGGAUGAUUUCAAUUAUGAUUCUCGUUGGGCAUAUAAAAAGAUUCAACUAGAUAAGCAAAUUAAUGGUAUUGCUUAUCAUCCCACUAAAAUGAUAUAUGCUGUGGGAAGCUGUGUACCGUCUGAAUUUACUGUCACUGAUGAGGAUGGGAAUGAAUUAUAUCUGUUAAACGAUGAUAAGGAUUACCUACCUUAUGCUAAUACCGGCUCUUUGGAUUUAAUUUCACCGUUAACCUGGACCGUUAUUGAUAGCUAUGGAUUCCUGCCAUAUGAGAUCCCUUUGUCUGUGUCUGUUGUAAAUUUGGAAGUCUCAGAGACGACAAAACUUAGAAAACCAUAUAUCGCUGUUGGAACUUCUAUUACAAAAGGUGAAGAUGUUGCUGUUCGCGGUGCUACUUAUCUUUUUGAAGUUAUUGACGUUGUCCCUCAACCAGGCCAACCUGAAACUCGACAUAAACUGAAGUUGGUUACAAGAGAAGAGAUUAAAGGUACCGUAGCUGUUGUCUGCGAAGUGGACGGCUAUUUAUUGAGUGGGCAGGGUCAAAAAAUAAUUAUUCGGGCGUUGGAGGAUGAAGACCAUCUGGUUGGCGUAGCUUUUAUAGAUUUGGGAAGCUAUACCGUUACUGCAAAAUGUCUGAGAAAUUUACUUCUUUUUGGAGAUAUUCGACAAAGUGUUUCGUUCGUUGGCUUUUCGGAAGAGCCUUAUCGAAUGACUCUUUUUGCUAAGGGUCAAGAUGCAUUCUCAGUUACAGCAGCGGACUUUUUAGUCCAAGGAGAAAACCUUUAUUUUGUAGUUGCUGAUACUAAGGGCAAUUUGAGAUUAUUAGCCUACGAUCCUGAGAAUCCAGAAUCUCAUUCAGGUGAACGAUUGGUUACCAGAGGUGACUUUCAUAUUGGUCAUAUAAUUACAGCUAUGAAAAUUGUACCAAAGGAGAAGAAGUCAAGACAAGAUGACUAUGAGUACGAUACAGGAAAUGAUUUCUCUUGCGUCAUGGUAAACGCUGAUGGAGGUUUACAGAUGAUAAGUCCUGUAUCUGAAAGAGUGUAUCGUCGUCUCAAUAUUAUCCAAAAUUACUUAGCUAAUAGAGUGGAUUCAGUCGGUGGAUUGAAUCCCCGGUCGCAUCGAUUAAUUUCCACAGCUUCGAAUUUGAGCAAUGCUGCUCAUCGGAUACUUGAUGGUACGUUAAUUGAGCGGUUUACAUACAUGUCUGUCGCUCAUAGACAUGAAAUGGCUCACAAAUGUGGAGUACCGAUCUCUACAAUUAUGAAUGAUUUGGUAGAGCUGGAUGAAUCACUAAACUACCUGUAAUUUUUUGUUUUUACGUGAUUGUAUUGUAUAGAUAGCGACGCUUUAAAAUAUAAAAGGCUCAAAGGCGAAUGCUGAGAGUUAUUUCUACUUAUAUGUCUUUGCGUUUGCCCAUAUA